ACCAUUAUGCUGGUCACAUGACGCGUCAUAUUAAUAACAAGGAAGUUGAGGCUUGUUCGGCGAUAGUUUUUAUGAAAAUGAGUUUUUUAUCCGUACUAUGUUUCUUUCUUUGCUGUGCAUAUGCUUCGACAGGCGAAGACAAGCCGGUUCAGGCAUUUGUAAUCCCACACAGUCACAUGGAUGUCGGGUGGGUCUACACCAUCCAGGUGCAUGUCUUUGGAAGUGGGAGGAAGCCGCAGUACCUGUAGGGAACCCACGCAUUUACGGGGAGAACAUGCAAACUCCACACAGAAAGAUCCCGAGCCCGGGAUUGAAGCCAGGACUACUCAGGACCUUUGUAUUGAGAGCAUGUACGCCUAUGCAGCCAAUGUGUACACCAGUGUGACAGAGGAGCUGUCGAAGGGGAAACAUCGAAAGUUUAUCGUUGUGGAGCAGGAAUUUUUUCGACUGUGGUGGAAUAACGUGGCCUCUGACUCCCACAAGAAACAAGUCCGGCAGCUUGUAAAAGAAGGCCGACUAGAGUUCAUCUUGGGGGGCCAAGUGAUGCAUGAUGAGGCUGUCACCGAUUUAGAUGAUCAGAUCCUUCAAUUGUCAGAGGGCCAUGGCUUUCUCUACGAGACGUUUGGCGUUCGUCCACGGUUCUCUUGGCAUGUCGAUCCAUUUGGAGCCUCUGCCACUACGCCGGUGCUCUUCGCCCUGGCGGGGUUCAACGCUCACCUCAUAUCCCGCAUCGACUACGACCAGAAAGACGACAUGCAGCGAAACAAGAAAUUACAGUUUGUGUGGAGAGGUUCCGCCUCCUUGAAAGAGCAGAUCUUCACUCACACUAUGGACCAGUUCAGCUACUGCACCCCGGCUCACCUGCCCUUCUCUAACAGCUCUGGCUUUUACUGGAACGGAGUAGCAUUGUUCCCAGACCCUCCUAAAAGUGGUGUGUACCCCAACAUGAGUUUGCCUGUUACCAAGGCAACAGUUGAUGCUUAUGCCAGGACCAUGGUGGAGAACAUUAAGCAGCGGGCCACUUGGUUUAGAACCAGACAGGUUCUGUGGCCAUGGGGCUGUGACAAACAGUUCUACAACUCCUCAGUGCAGUUCAGCAACAUGGACCCUCUAAUGAACUACAUCAACAAGAAGAGUAAAGAGUUUGGAGUAACAGUCCAGUAUGCGACACUUGGCGAAUAUUUCCAAGCCAUCCACCAAUCCGACCUCAUCUGGAAGGUCCGUGGCAGCCAAGAUUUCCUGCCUUAUUCUUCAGCAUCCCAGCAGGCGUGGACAGGGUUUUAUGCUUCAAGGAACGUCCUAAAAGGUGUGGCAAGACGAGCCAGCUCCCAGCUUCAUGCAGCAGAGACUCUCUUCACACGCUAUUGCCUCGACUACCCAGACGGACCCGUGGCUAAAGACUGGGCGCUCACCAAACUCAGGGCUCUUCGCUGGGCCGUCUCUGAGGUGCAGCACCACGAUGGGAUCACCGGCACGGAGUCUCCUCGAGUGUCAGAGAUGUACAUGCAGCAUCUCACAGAGGCCAUGAUGGGCGUGGACGAGCUUCUGGCUGCAAUCCUCCUGCUGCCGCACAACCUCGACUCAAAGGGCAGCAACGUCCAUGGAAAAGGUGCUCACCAGACAUUGGAGCAGCAUGUUAUUGUUUAUAACCCAUUAGCGUGGAAUGUCACCACCGUGGUCAAUGUCACCGUAACCUUCCCGUUUGCGAGAGUCUACGAUGAUGCCGGACAAGCAGUGCCUGCGCAGAUCCAGAAGUCCGCCUUGUCGAACAUGACCUACGACCUCUUCAUCGUGGUGGACCUGGGUGGUCUUCAGCACAGGAAAUACUCCAUCAAGUUCUCAGAAAAGCCAUGCCUCAGGAGUUCCAAGUGUGGGGAAACUUUCGAUGCCAAGACGGUUUUGUUCAAGAGACGAAGCGUUCGGGAUUGGAAGAAUACGGGCAGGAGGCUCCUUCCAGUUCUGAGUGAACGUUACAAGCUCAUGUUAGACCAGGAAACUAAUUUACUGCACAGUAUCACAUGCUUGCAGGACAAAAGAAAUGUGGAAAUGACGCAGGAUUUUUGGGAGUACCAGUCCAACGGCGACGUCCGAGCGGGGCCCAUCUCAGACAACUACAUCUUCAGCGCCAACGGUUCAGCAGUGCGAGCGUACGAGGCCGUGCGAAUGGAGAUCGUCCCCGGCGACGUCCUGUCUGAGAUCAGGCAAUACUUCUACAGAAAUGAAAGCGACAACGACUACGCCUUCUCUGUAGUCACCCGGGUGCUGCGAUGCUUUGGGACCAACGUCGGCUGUCAGAGGCUGGAGCAGACUUACUCACUGGGCCCCCUCCCCGUCAACACUGAGGUGGUUUUCAGGACCAGCUCGUCGCUAAGGAGCGAGCGGACGCUCUACACAGACAACAAUGGCUACCAGAUGAUGAAGAGGACGCACAGCGAGUUCACUAACAACACUUUGGCUAGAAACUAUUUCCCCAUGGUGCGUGCGGCCUACAUGGAGGACGAGCUGAGUCGGUUGGUGCUGGUCAGCGAGCGAGCACACGGCGUGUCCAGCCAAGCCAGCGGACAACUGGAGGUCAUGCUUCAUAGACGUCUGUGGAACAACCUGCCCUGGAACCUUGGCUACAACCUGACUCUCAACGACAGCUCAGUGGUCCGACCUACGCUGUGGAUGAUGCUGGGUGCCAAGGGUGCGACCUCCCAGCUCUACCAGCGGGCGGCGAUAGAGCUGCAGCACACGCCUGUUGUCUUGCCCAUCGACAGGCCGCAGGAGGUGGACGGGAAAGGCUGGGGCGAGACAAAGCCAAGAAGAAGUCCUCCUCCACGUGUGCUGAUGCUUCCCCCCAACCUCCACCUGCUCAGCCUCAGCAUCCCCGGCUGGAACUACAGCUCCCGCCAUGAUGUCCACCUUGCCCUGAUUCGCUCAGGCCACCAUCGUCAACCCGAACCAGACUAUGAUCGCGUCCUGUUGAGGAUCAUGCACAUCUUUGAGGAGGGCGAAGACCAUGACCUCUCAAAGCCGGUCACCAUAAACUUGAAGGAUGUGCUGCAGGCUGUGGGAGAAGUGUCUGCCGUGCAGGAGCGUUCUCUGACAGGAACUUGGGACGUGGCCAGCAUGCAGAGAUGGAUAUGGAAAACUGCAGAAGAAAUGCCCAUAAAAAACGUGAGCUCUAUCGGCGUCAUAGAGGAACCUUUUUUAGUGACCAUCUUGCCCAAACAGAUCAGAACUUUCUUUGUGUACUUCAAGUCCAGCUGUUGUCGUCUGUGAUGACGUCUCCAUUUAUUCUGGAAUCAAGUCACAUUUUCGGCUCAUUUUUGCACAUCUAGAUCCUUUUUAAUUUAAUGAUUUAGCAUUCACUUUCUUACGGAAUAAAGUUAUCUAAAAAAAAAUCCUAA